AUGGCACAGGCGAUCGCACAUCUUGAGCAACGCGCUUUUGAGAUCGGAGCCGACGUCUCGGCCGUGAACAAGCUUCACAUGAUCGGGCGCCUGGAAGAUAACUAUAUGCUCGACAAACCUGAAAACGCCUCCCAGCUGUCCUUUUUUCAGUCCGCCACCGGGAUCACUGACUCGAAAAAGUUGAAAGAGCACAUCAUUUCUAUCGCCAAAGAAGCCUAUGAUGUGUUUCCUUACCCGUGCAUAUGGGCCCUCUAUUUUUGUAAAACCCGAGUUAUCACUCAUCCGGCUUACGCCGAGGUUCUUGAGCUGUCGAAAAAUGAGGAUUGUCAACCGAUCUUUCUGGACGUUGGAUCUUUUGCCGGGAUUGACUUGAGACAAGUUGUACACACGGGAAUGAAACCUGAAAACGUGAUGGGUACUGACUUGAUUGACGAUUGGGCCAAGAUUGGUAACAAACUCUUCAACGGAAAUGGGGUGGUACCUUUCGUCAAAGGAGACAUUUUUUGUAACUCCUUCCUGGAUCGGUUGACUCCCCCAGAUCCUUGGGCGAUCAACUCAAGCUUUAUCCACUUAAACGGAUUAAAAUCCCUAAACCCUCUCAAACAGAAAGUCAGAUUUAUCACUUGCAAUUCUGUCUUUCACCUUUUUGAUGAGGAGCGACAAACGGAACUCGCCCGGCGACUAGCAUCUCUGCUCAAUAAUCAAAAGAGUGGCAGCACUAUUUUCGGUACUCACGUUGGCUCGGAUGACUGUUAUCUUUUGGAAGGGACCGGCAAACGCGGAAUGUUUAUGCACUCGCCGGAAACAUGGAGAAAAAUGUGGGAAAAGAUUUACCAACCCGGUCAAGCGCGAAUCCAAGUCGAGCUGGGCCCACCCGAACCAAUCACUCACCUCAAAGAUUUCAGAAGUAUGACAAUGUUGAUAUGGUCUGUCACCAUACUUUAA